AAUAUGGAAAGUUACUCAAACACUCUUUCAUCAGAUUGGGUUCCUCUAGGAGGGAAUGAAGUUGUUGAAAAUACUAACGAAGAAAGCAAGUUGCCUGAAUUAGAUUUUGAUGCAAUGUUUGCUGCCUCCACACCAGCAGAUGCUGGAAUUGAGAGCAACCAAGAUGGAGUUGUUGAUAUCAGAUACUUACUUGGCACUCAAGGUAGAUCAACAGAAGCUGACUGUCCUGAGGUCAUGGUUAUAGAGAAGAAAAUGGAAGAAGAGGGAGAUGCAGUUCUUCUCCCACUUACAGAAGAAUUUAAGGAUGCCCCAACAGAAGAAGACCACAGUAAAGUAAUGGUAUUAGAUGCAAGAGCCUUCUUUUUGAGAAAAGUCUCAGCAGAAGUACUAAGUAAAGAUAGAAUGAAUGCUAAAGAAGGAGAAAAGGUAGAAUUCACAACUUGCAACGAUGUAAUAAAAGAGAUAAAAGAUGAGAGUACUAGACUUUAUGUAGAUAAUCUCCCUUUCAAGUUAGAUUGCAAAGAUCCAAGCGAUGCUGCUAUAAAGUUCGUAUCAAAGUUCUCUAAAGAAACUGGUGAUUACAAGUCACUGUCAGGAACUGAUCUUAGAGUGAUUGCAUUGGCAUACUCUAUUAUUUUGCAAAGAAAAGAAGCUAAAUAUUGCAGAAAAUCUCCUCCAACUCUUGAAGAAUUUAGACCUGCAUGGAUGGAUAACAAAAAGAAAACUAAAAAGCAGGAGAAGCUUGAAGAAGUCGAAGAGGAAGAAGAUGAUGGAUUCAAAGUCGUUGAGAAAAAGAAAAAGCCAAAGAAAAAGAAGUUUAGAAGAAAUGUAAAGAAAGACUUUUACCCAGAGGCUUUCCUCAAUGAGCUGAGUAAGAAUAAAAAUACUAAUAAAGAUAACACUCCAAACGAGAAUGAGGAGAAAUCAAAUUCUGGAAAUGAGCAGGUUGAAGCUAGGGAGGAAACAGAAAUUGAAAUCCCAAAAGGAAGUAUUGAAGAACCGAGCGCUACCAACGAAUUGACAGAACCAGCCACUGAGGAAGACCCUCAGAAUGAAACACCCACUGAUGAAAAAGAUAAGGAUGUAAAGAUAGAUGAAGAUGAUGUCUUGGUUCAAAAAGAUACAGUUGAAUCUUCAGAAAGUGAUAAUCAGGAAGAUGACUGUGAUGAUGAAUGGAUCACACCUGAUAAUAUCAACACUUAUCUUCUUUCUCAAGAUGAUCAAGGUCAUCAAAAUGACAAAGUUGAAGAUAACUCAAGAAAAGUCAGUGUAGAAGUGGUCACAAGUGAUUUUGCAAUGCAAAAUGUCCUUAUGCAAAUAGGUAUUCCAGUUGUAUCUCUUGAAGGAGUUGAGAUAAGACAAAUAAAGAGAUUUAAACUGAGAUGUGAUGGAUGAAAGCAGAUUAACCAAAGAGUCGAUGUCGAAUUCUGUCAAAAAUGAGGAGGCCAUACUUUAAGAAAAGUGUCAGUAUUUGCAAACUCCAAUGGAAAAAUUACAUUUUUCAAGGGUAAAAGACUUAAAAAGAAUAAUAGAGGAAAUCAAUUUGAUAUCCCUAUCCCAAAAUCUGGAAGACAUAGCCAGGCUAUGAUUCUGAGAGAAGACCAGCUCUGGAGAGGACAGAAUAAAUUGAAAAUGAAAGAACAAGAGAGAUUAGAAGACAAGAUCAAAAAUAAGAUUGGAGACCACUUCAAUGAUUUAGUCAGCUUUGAGCACAAAAGAAAAGAAGAUAGCAGGACUGAAGGUACUACAACCUAUGGCUUCGGUAAAAAGAAUCCUAAUAUUCCACAAAAGAGGUACUCCAAGAAGAAAAAGCAUUAAUUCCUUUAUUAAAUUUACAAUUUUA